UCCCGCAUUUGAUAAAGGAGUGAGAGAAAGUUCGGCCGCCGGAAGCUUUGAAUCCUCAAUGUAGUGAUCGUACUACACAGUAGUCUCGAACUACACAGACUUUCAUUCUUCAUGUAAGGAACCUUUCUGUUCACUUUACCCGGUUAUGGACCGGCCCGAGUCUCAGGGAGCUAAUGCCUCCGCGCCCGGUCCAGAACCGAGCCCAGAACCGGAGCUUUCCGCCGCUAUGAGGGCUAAAAUCGAACGGAACCGACAGCGGGCGUUGAUGCUCCGACAAGCCCGCCUGGCGAACCGUCCUCUGUCCGCUGUGGAGGGCGGAACGUCCGCCAAAGUGUCCAAAACCAUCGACUCCGGAGCGGGGUUCUUCAUCGAGGAGGAGGACGGAGGAGGAGGAGGAAAGGAGGUCAGGAAGGUGGUGCAGGAACCAGCUCCGGUGAUUGAGUCGGACUAUCUGCUGUGUGAGGACUGUCAAAAGCCCUUCAUGGACUCUGUCCUCAGCAACAGCUUUGACCUGUCUGUGUGUGACAAGUGCAGAGACGCAGAGGGAAAGCAUAAACUGAUCUCCAGGACAGAAGCUAAGCAGCGCUACCUGUUGAAGGACUGUGACCUUGACCAGAGAGAGCCUCCACUCAGAUUCAUUCUCAAGAAGAACCCUCACAACCCACGCUGGGGUGACAUGAAGCUCUACCUGCACCUACAGGUAGAGAAAAGAUGUUUGGAAGUUUGGGGUUCAGAGGAGGCUCUGGAGGAAGCCAGAGAGACGAGGGAAGAAAACCGAGAGGUGCAAAAGCAAAAACGCUUCAACAAGAAGGUCAAAGAGCUGCGCAGGGCAGUGAGGAGCAGCGUGUGGACCAAGAACACGGUGGCCCACCAGCAUGAAUACGGGCCUGAGGAGGUGCUGGAUCCUGAGGAGGACCUUUACAGGAAAACCUGCAUCACCUGCCAGCAUGAACUGACUUAUGAGAAGAUGUAGACGCACACAGCCAGUGUUACCACAGCAGGAACCUCAUAGGUGAUGGGAACAAAAAGACUCCAGUCUUUGGUGAGGCAUAAAAUCUUCAUAGAAAAAGGGGGAAAAACUAAAAAUAAAACAAACAUUUAACUUCAUAAUUUGUUGCUCCGCCUUUUAAACCAAUCAUAGUUAUCACAGAGACUUUUGUGGCCGUCUACGUGUAUUUGGAGCCAAUCCUUUUGAGGAGAUUACUCUGAUUUCUCAGGUUUAAAGACACAUUUUGGUUCCAUCUAACGCGUGUGCCUUGUACAGAUCCUUUUGUUUUAUUGUUAUUAAUCACCUGAUGUUAUCUUGUGGUUAUUUCUAAACUGUAUAAUUUUGACAA